CAGGAUCAAACGUGUUGGGCUCGGACAAACCACGUGCUAGUCCGGCCCAUGCCCAGCUCUAUAUGUGAUCGAAAUUCAAAUUUUCAUGUGUUGAGCCCCUUUUAUUUUGUUGCCAUGUUACCGUAAGAGUUAUGGACAGUACCAAUCCUUAACAAACCUUCACACUCUGUUUUUUUGCGCAAGAGAUGUCAAUUUCCCGCGUAUUUCAAUUCAACAAAUUGGGGACCUUCAGAAACUCUCAAAUUCAGCUCAGUUUUUCAACAAUUUCAAGGAGAAAACCCCAAUCAAAACCUCAAAAUACCCAGAAACCUCGUCUUAAGAAACAGACAAUUUCGAAAAAAGAUGAUAAUGGUUCUCUUUUCAGGGAGAUCACUGAGAUUCUGGGGGCUGGAAAUCUUGCUCUUAGUAAAAUCCCAUCUGGGGUUUCAAUCCCUGAUGAAAAGGCUGUAGAUUUUGCUGGAGUUGGGGGUUGCACACUAGGUGUUUGUGAAAAUGCUCAGGAGAAAAUUGAGGGUGAAAAAAGUGAAGAGGUUUUUGUUAGGAGAGAUGAUAAAGUGGGAGACUUGACUGGAAAUAAUGAUAACAGUGCUGUUGUACAGAAGAUAACAGAGAUUGUAAGGCAGAGCAAUGCAGGGUUUUCAAUGGAGCAACGGUUGGAGGAUUCGAGCUGUGAAAUUAGUCCUGACAUUGUUGUAAAGGUGUUAAAGAGGUGCUUUAAAGUGCCACAUUUAGCUAACAGGUUUUUCAGUUGGGUAAAGUUGAAGAAUGGGAGUUGUCUUACCACUGAAAGUUACAACACCAUGUUGUAUUUGGCAGGGGAAACGAAAGAGUUUGAAUUGGUUGAGAGGUUGGUGGAGGAAAUGGAGAAUUUUAGUUGUGAGAAAGACAUUAAAACUUGGACCAUUCAACUCAUGCAUUAUGGAAAUGCAAAGUUGGUUGGUAAAGCUUUGAUGAUCUUCGAAAAGAUGAAAAGAUUAGGUUUUGAACCCGAUGAAGAAGCUUACGUAUGCUUAAUUCGUGUACUCUGUCAAUCUAGGAAAGGAGAAGUUGCAUUGGAGUUUUACAAAGAAAUGGUUCAAAAGGGUUUCAACCCUGAUAUUAGACUGUACACAAUGCUACUCAAUAGUCUUGCUGGUUAUGGAGAUAUUGAUGGAGUUUACCUAAUUGCAAAUGACAUGAUUAGUAUCUCUCAAAAUCCUGAACAUGAUGUUUAUUCCUGUGUUUUAAAGAGCUUUUGUAUGUCAGAACGAAUUACAGAAGCUUUGGAGUUGAUUCGUGAUCUUAAGACUAAGAACAUGACUUUAAACUCUGAGUACUUUGAAAUCCUGGUGAGGGGACUUUGUAAGGCGCGUAGGAUGGAAGAUGCUUUGGAGAUUGUUGAAAUUAUGAAGAAAAGAAAUGUUGUUAAUGAGGUGGUUUAUGGAGCUUUGAUAAACGGAUACUUGAGAAAAAACGAUUUUUCUAGGGCUUUGGAUUUGUUCAAUGAGAUAAAGGAAGCUGGUAUUACACCCUUAACUUCAACAUACACAGUGUUGAUGCAGCAUUUCUUUAUCUUGAAUGAGUAUGAGAAGGGUUGUGCUCUUUAUGAUGAGAUGCUUGAUCGAGGGGUGAAGCUUGAUUCCGUGGCUUACACAGCAAUUAUUGCAGGUCAUGCACACCAUAACUCUAUUUCUUCUGCUUGGAAAGUAUUCAAAAGAAUGGAAGAUGAUGGAAUUAGAGCCACACAAAAAUGUUACUUAGUUUUCAUCAAGGAACUUUGUAGGAGUUCAAAUACUGAUGAAAUAAUCAAGGUUUUGUACCGAAUGCAGGAUAAGAAGACUAAAAUUGGGAAGGAAAUUGGCAACUGUGUUUUAUCUUAUUUGGAGAGGAAAAGGGAAACUAAAAAAGUGGAAGAGGUGAAGAAGAUACUGAAUUGUUAUGGGAAUUACUGUGAAGAAGUUGAAGAAUCUGUAAAUGAUUCUUCAGAGAAUGAGGUGCAUAAUCUAGAGAAGAACAAUGUUGAACCAAAUGAGGACUAUUUGUUGUCAGAUCUGCACAAAAUCUGUGCUAUUUUGUCAUCAUCAACAAAUGGUUGGUAUGAUAUGCAGAAAGCUUUAGAGGAGUUCCAAAUUCGUUAUACACCAAAUCUCGUGAUUGAGAUCCUACGCAUUAGCAGUUAUUAUGGUUAUGCUGCACUACAAUUCUUCUCAUGGGUUCGAAACCAGCCUGGUUACAGACACACAACAGAAUCUUACAACAUGGCAAUGAAAGUAGCUGGUAAAGGUAAAGAUUUCAAACACAUGAGAAAUCUGUUUUUUGAAAUGCAAAGAAACGGUUGUUUAGUAACACCUGAUACAUGGACAAUCAUGAUAUUGCUGUAUGGUCGAGUCGGAUUGACUGAUAUCGCGUUGAAAAACUUCAAUGAAAUGAAAGUUACUGGUUUAAAACCAACAGUAAGUACUUACAAGUACUUAAUCAUGUCUUUUUGUGGGAGAAAAGGUAGAAAGUUAGAUGAAGCUAUCAACCUUUUUACUGAGAUGAUUAGCUCUGGAUUAAUCCCAGACAAAGAGUUAAUUGAAGUUUGUUUUGAUUGUUUCUGUCAAGCUGGUAAAUUAGAAGAUGCAAAAAACUGUUUGGAAUAUCUGCAAAAAGUUGGUUAUACUAAGCCUUUGAGCUAUUCCCUACUUAUUAGGGCUCUUUUUAAGAGAGGAAAAGUAGAAGAAGCUUUAUCUUUAGCAAAUGAGGUUAAAGAAGAGCGGUCUAUACUUGACCGUUACAUCUAUGGAAGCCUAAUUCACGGUCUGUUACAGACCGGACAAUUAGAACAGGCGGUUUCUAAAAUAGAAUCCAUGAAACAAUCAGGUGUUCUUCCUACUGUUCAUGUUUAUACAUCACUAAUCUCUCAUUUCUGUAGGGAAAAACAGAUGUGUAAAGCACUUGACAUGUUUAACACAAUGUGGAAAGAUGGGUGUUACCCUAAUGUGGUUACAUAUACAGCAUUAUUACACGGGUUUAUAACCGUGCAGAAGUUUGAGGAUGCUCGGAAAUUGUUCAUGAGGAUGAGACUGAAAGGGCCAUUCCCGGAUUUCAAGGCUUACUCGAUGAUGCUCACGAGUUUUUGUGAGACGGGAAGGUCUGAAGUUGGGAUGCAGUUGUUAUCUGAAAUGUUGGAUGAUGCUAUUGUACCUAGUACUGUUAAUUUUCGAACUGUUUUUUUCGGGUUGAAUAGAGAAGGUAAGCAACAAUUAGCUCAAAGAGUUAUGCAACUAAAGCAUUCUGUUGCAAGUAAAAGGAAAUUCUCAACAUCAUAGUGACCAAAUGAUGAAAUGAAGGCAUGAAGCUUUGUUGAUAUUUGUCAAUUGGAAUUGUACUACAUGGAUAUUGAAUGUAGGCCCUGUUCGGCAAAACUAGCGGUUAGCUGUAAAUGGAUGGAAUCUACUUCCAUGCUAAUCAACAAGCUAUUCAUAUUUUCUACUCCAUUGUGUAUCCUGUUGCUCAUUUUUGGAAUUUUUGGUAUCAUAUUGACUUACAUUCUGAUGGACCUAGAUCAUUGUUGAGUGUUGACCUAGUUUUAAAAUUCGAAUUCUUAGUCGACUUUUUUAGGGUCACAAUUUCUAGAGUACUCUGCGUAUAUUUGUAGUAUCAUAAAACUUUAUUUGUAUCCUUUUACUGAUACAAGUUUUCACUUGUGUUGUGAAAGUAUUUGUAGAAAAAUCACAAGAAUAUGUAAUGAAAUUAUAUUCAAAUUUGAGCUCAUCGUGGAUAUGAUAUUCGAGGUAAAAUUGGGCCUUUGCUUGCUCCAGAGGGGUAGGAUUUCCUCCAUCAAGUGAUAGCAAGUUCAAGACUUUAUGCUUUUAGGUAAGCUUUUGCAUCCACCCACCAUUCAAGGUACCUUUGACCGGAUGUGUCGAGUAUUUCAAAAUCUCGGUUUGGUAGUGAGAGCAAGCUCGUGUCGAUAACGUGUUGUGCUAUAAAAGAUCCAGAGAGAAUAUUAGGUUACUUGAGUAUUAAGUUGUGGAGUGAAGUUAUGCAUAUUUAAUCACCGGAAAACACGAAUCUAUAGUGUCGGGUGAAUUGUUGCUCAGUGAUACAUUUUAUCAGUGCGAGAGGGCAUGCCAUAAGCCGUACAAAGCUCGAGUGCAAUGUCUAAUCGAGUGUAUAGGUUGGGUCGAUUAUGUUUCCUAAUUUACUUAUCAUAUUUAACAC